AUGGUUAUCGAGCUCAACAUCUCGGAAUGGGACGACCUACCGGACCUUGAGACCGUAAGCGGCUCAGAUGACGAGUGGGAGAUUGAAGGGGUACUCGGCGGUGGACGCACUGAGGUGCAAGAGCGUAGUGCCGCUGAGACCGAGGCUGCAGGCACCCUUCGCCUGAAUAGCGAAUCGACCACCGCUGCGUCUUCUGCUGUCUUGGGCUACACACUCCUCCCCUCGACGCUUGGCUCGACUCUUCCCGACAUCGACAUCGACGCCAGAAACGGCCGCGUAAACCUGCGCCCAUUGGACGGGCACACGAUUCGCGCAGAACCCGCAGCACACGGGCCCUCAAGUGUCGCGACCGCAGGCCCCGUACUUGCGGACAUGCAGCACGUCCCGCAGGUAUCUGCUGAGGUUAUAAAAGCCCUCUGCAGCGACUUCGCGAGUAUCAGGCUCGAGACUCGCACACGCAUCCGUGAGAACGGUCACGACGAGAACAUGGGCGACGCGGAUUGGAGUCCCCCCUUGAUGCUGGAUGGGUUCCAGGGUCACUACUCGGAUCGCUCGAAGAACAGCGCUGUCGAUGACCUCGCAGAGGGGCGGAUGAGAAACGGCGCGGAGAGGGGCACAGCAUGGCAUCGGCAUGACGAAGUUGAUUGGACAUGUACGGUACCCGCAGCGCUGAGCGGGGUCUCCGACGUCGGUCGUGGGGGCGCGCGCUCUACGCAGUCACCUAUGUGCGACGGCAGAGCGGUCUGGGACUUACUGGGCUUGCGAAGGCGAGGGGGCCCGAUGAACAUCCGUCGUGUACGUUCAGAGACGCGUGAUGCGGUCGUGUGCAGCACCGGCAUGAACACGGAGAUACGCCCGCAGGCGGAUCAGCGUAGACACUUAUUGGCCGCGGCGCGUGGGGACCCGGCGCGGAAUGCGAUCACGUGGCACGCGCGCACCGACGUCCGCCAGAGACAGCACCAGCUCUGGCGGCCCAAUGGACAUGGCUGCCAACCUCGCAAACUCGCGGACCGCGUCAAAGACGUCAUCGCCUCUGUCGCGACGCUAACGCAAGGCAUUCAGUCCCGUGUAAUCGACGACAUACGCCAACUUGUCGGGAAACCGCACAUCGCAAUCGCGGCGGCCCGUCUUAGCCAGCUUUGCCUUCCUCCCUCCGCUGUGUCGCCAUUGUCUCCUGCCCCAUACCCACUCCGGUUCCUCGACCGGCGCACGAUGGCGCGGACGACACAGACAGCGCGGAAGUCCGCGAACCCAAAGGGCCCACCCAAGAAACCCCUUCCAGCUCCUCCCAAGAAGACAAGGGCCUCAACGUCGACGCUCGCAGCAGCCGCCCCGCCGCCCCCAGUCAAAACCGCGCCCCGAUCGAUUCCUUCCCACCGCUCGGCGCGAGUUGUCGCCGCUGAAGAAGCCGAAGUCGUGCAAGAGGGCGAGCAGCCCUAUCUCGAGGAAGACGACGAGGUCGAUGAGCUCCUACAAGACGAUGACGCCGUGUACGAUGCCGCCCUCAACGAUGAUGCUGUAUUCAACGUUGAUGAGAACGGCAACCCUAUGGAGGACGACGAUGAGCUCAUGGAGGACGACGACCAGCUCAUGGAGGACGACGACCAGCUCAUGGAGGACGACGACGCACCCAUGGAGGACGACGACGCGCCCAUGGACGACUACGACGAAUCCACGGAGGACUUAGAGGGACAGCCACUCCAAGCGAUCCACGGUGCGGCCGAAUCCCCCAAACGUCAUUCCUCAAGACCGAAACGGCAGCCCACCCCCACAACGUCCGAGGACGAGGCAGAGGGUGAACCGGAGGGUGAGGAUACGCUUAUGGAUGUCGAGAUCAACGCAACAGAAGAUGAGUACGGGGCUGCCCAGCUGGCGGAAGCCAUCGCCGGCAUACUCAGGCCUGCGCCACAGCCUGAGGAAGGCGGGUUGCUCCCAGGCGGCGACAGACCAAUGGAGCGCAGCCUGCGUGCGCUGUUCGACAACAUCGGCGAGGGCACGGAUGCAUUCGGGGAGGACACCGCGGUUCUCGCAGCGACACUUCGUAACGGCCCACCGCGCAUGCGAGCAUCGAGCGCAAAGGGUAAAGGCAAAGGUAAGGACAAGGACAACGUUGAAGAGGUCUCGGUCUUCGAUGAGGGACUGGACCACGCGGAGAUCGUCGCUCGGCUACAGGUUAUCGGAGUACCUGGGCGGGGUCUGGCCGCUGACGAGGAGACGAAGCGCCUGUACAAGGAGCGGCAGGCAGCACUCUUGGGCUAUGGCAUCGUCGACCUCUGCGACCCGGAGUUUCUGAGUUAUGCCAUCUGGGGCCAGUACAACAGCCGGACGACGAACCCGAACACAGUCCUCGCACUCGCGCAAGACUUCAAGACCGCCGGCAAGCGCCACUGGGAACAUCCUCUCGAGGGCGCCCUAGACUCUUCGUGGGUCGACCGGAAGACUCUCACGAAGGACCUCUCGAGUCUGGACAAGAUACCGUUCCUGAAGCUCAACUACAAGGCGAUGGGUCAGCAUGCCAUGACGUUCUUUAGCGGCGCGCACCGCAAGGUCGCGUGCUGGGUCUGUUGCAUGGCCGCCACAACGACGCUUGAGAGCAUCGACACCGAGAUCGAAGUUGGCAUUGAGGAAGGAGUCACGGAGGACGACCCGAGCAUGAAGACUCUUCGCACGAUGCGCGACAAUGUCGAGAAGGAGCUCGAAUCCUCAGGCUGGUGGCUGGUGCGCGUGUCCAACCUCGGUAAGGUCACGGAGAACCUCGCGCACAAGCUAUCGGAGAACAACGAGCUGCAGGAGGAGAAGAUGCGCGUUGAGGAACGCCUGUUCAUAUGGCUCCGCGACAUCCGGCAGCGCGUUCAAGAAUGGCGGCUGUCACACCCCGGGGAGGAGACGCCUUCCGUCGACAGCAAUCAGUGGCGCGAGCUCUUUAUCAACCCCGCAAUCGCACACAACGAGAGGAAGGGGCAGUCCGCCGUGUGGAUCCUGUCGUCGCCAGUUGCGUACGCGUUCCUGCAACGUAUGUCGACGUACGACUACUUCCGCGCCGAAGGCACUAUCAGCCACAACGAGCUCAAGGCGCGAUUGAUGCCGGCAUCGAGGGCCAAAACGGAGAUCCAGACGGUGGGAUAUAUGUGGCAUGAUAUCGCGAUCAGUGGCCUAAACCAGAUGGACUUCAUCGCGCGCACGACUGAGUUCGGGACGUGGCGCGAUGACGGCGAGUGCGGGGAGAUCUACAAGAGCUACUUCCAGCUCAUCGAGGACGGCGCUGAAGCAUCUUGGACGUCGGAGGACUGCGCCGAGAUCAAGCACAAGUUCGAAGAGGCUGUUUCGCUUGCCGCGACGAAGGGGCGGCUCGUUGCACGCAUGUGGCCGCGGGAGCUCCUCAACGCAAUCGACAAGCUGUACGUCGAGCACGUCGCGCCAGUCAUGGGACGUAUGGGGACCUCACAGUGGGACGCCGCCAUGCACGUCUACAACAAGGCUCUCGUAGUCACUUGCCAAGCGGUGUGGGGCCUUCCGGUCUUUGUGGAGGGCGACGCGCAAUUGGCGCAGAGCAGCGCGUACGCCCUUGACAAGUUGUUAGUAUGUCGCCGCCUGUGCAAGACCGGUGUGUACCUCAACGUACCGCUGCCCACUCGAUCAUUCCUCGAUGAGUCAUACAAGCGACUCGAGAAUGUCGAGUACGCUAUCCGAUGGAUGACUCGCACGCUCGACCCUCGCGUGGAUGCCGUUGCCCGUCAAGUUGGGCGCGGUUAUAUCGACUACAGCCACUACUUGCUAUACCUCUUGCGUGACCCCGAACGGUUUCCCCAUCGGCCAGGAUUUGAUAUCGCGCUCCCUCUCUGGGGCUUCGUGCUCAAGAACUACGAGCUCCUCAAGGUUGUGGAAGACGUUGUGUGGCUCAACCUGGCUCGUGCGGACGACCUCUUCAGCUUCUCGCCAAACUCGUACCGCACCCUCGGCGAGAAACUCGCAAAGGAGGGCGCCGCGCACCCAAUGCCCACCGAGUUCGCCACACUGUAUCCCGGCGGCUGGAACAACAAGAUCUCGCAGCUGCUUGCCUUGGGACGCAGCAAGAUAGCAGAGGCCAUCUCGAACAAGCCCCCUGCCGUCAUAGCGUACAUCUCAACAUCUGAGUACCACGCACGUCUCGCGGGUGUUGCACCUCCGCCACCGCCCACUGUCAGAAAGCCGGAUACCCACGAGGAGGUCAGGGUCAAGAUAGGGUACGAGGAGUUUUCCCCUGCUCUGCUGAAGGAGACACCGCUCCUCGCUGCCCUGAGGUUUACGGACCCGCGGUGGUGCGUGCGCAAUCCGCCAGAGACGUGUCUGGCUCUGACGCUACGCAUGUACCCUCUCAGGAUGACUCGCACGCUCGACCCUCGCGUGGAUGCCGUUGCCCGUCAAGUUGGGCGCGGUUAUAUCGACUACAGCCACUACUUGCUAUACCUCUUGCGUGACCCCGAACGGUUUCCCCAUCGGCCAGGAUUUGAUAUCGCGCUCCCUCUCUGGGGCUUCGUGCUCAAGAACUACGAGCUCCUCAAGGUUGUGGAAGACGUUGUGUGGCUCAACCUGGCUCGUGCGGACGACCUCUUCAGCUUCUCGCCAAACUCGUACCGCACCCUCGGCGAGAAACUCGCAAAGGAGGGCGCCGCGCACCCAAUGCCCACCGAGUUCGCCACACUGUAUCCCGGCGGCUGGAACAACAAGAUCUCGCAGCUGCUUGCCUUGGGACGCAGCAAGAUAGCAGAGGCCAUCUCGAACAAGCCCCCUGCCGUCAUAGCGUACAUCUCAACAUCUGAGUACCACGCACGUCUCGCGGGUGUUGCACCUCCGCCACCGCCCACUGUCAGAAAGCCGGAUACCCACGAGGAGGUCAGGGUCAAGAUAGGGUACGAGGAGUUUUCCCCUGCUCUGCUGAAGGAGACACCGCUCCUCGCUGCCCUGAGGUUUACGGACCCGCGGUGGUGUGCGGACGCGCAACAAGGAUCAAACAAGCCGAAGUGGCUUGGCGCAAUCGUGCUUCACAUCAACACGAUCCUCGACAUCAUGCGCCGCUGGGCCGGUGACGUGUACUCUAACCCAUGCGUUCAGCUUCUUCGCAUCAAGCUGUUCCAGUUCCUCUCGCUUCACUCCGCGGCAAAAACCCCCUGGAAGAACUGGGACAGCGGCCUACUCGGCGAACUCUCAGGUAUCGACAACCUCGACCCAGAAGACACUGACAUGCUCGCUGCGGCGAUCAAGGCGAUCGAUGCCGUACCGGACGUGCCUCUUCAUGUCAAUGCCCACGGACGUCGAGCCCGCGGAGCCCAGGGGAUCGCUCGCACUGCCGCCGAUGCGGAGGUGUCGCAGCCAGACGACGAGAUCGUGUUUCUUCGGAUGGAGGGAGCCGUCGAUGUCGAGACCCGCCGCCUGAAGUACAAGACCGAAGCUAGUCGACUGGUCACCUCCAUCCGGCGCAUGACCUCAGCAUCUGCAGGCCCUGCGCAGCCGAAAGCGAUCGACGCGCGCGUCGUCAACGCCAUGCAGGAGCUGCUCAAUGCGCUGUACUACAAUGUCAAUCGGAUCGAGUACCGGUACUCUGUGGGGGACAUUCAAUCAGAACGGCCGUGGGUACUCCCGUCCGCCCCUUUCGCCCACACCCUCGACACCCCAGCGCUUCUCGGCGUCGUCGACAACAACGCGUUCCUCGACCUUGGUGACUUCAAGACACGGCUGCCCACCGCGUAUACGCAGUACAGCGCUGCAGCGCAGGGGUCCCGGCGCAACAAAAUCCCUCCGCCAUCCAUAUCGCAGCUCAAGGACGGCGCACUCGUCCAGACCACCCGCGCUUGGCUGCCGCAAGAUUUUUCCUGGGAUCUGUCCCUCAAGGGGAGUCCCUCAAUUUCCGUCAAGAUGGAGGACAUGGACGACGACGCCGUCAUAUUGGGUGUACCACGCGCGCAGAGCACGAACAGUGCACCGGACCUCAUGGACGACACGGAGGAUGGCGACCUCGACCUCAUCAACAACGAGAUGCAAGACGGUCAACCUGAACGCAUCCCUGCCAGCGCGAAGGGCAAGGCCAGGGAGGUUCCCGCACCGCCCGUGAAAUCGACGCCGGUUGCCCGACCGCGAGCAGCUGCGCCGAGGAAGCCCGCCAAAAAUCCUCCGGCCGUCAAUCCACCGCCGUCCACAAAGGCGCGCACGCCCAAAGCAGCGACCGCUCCCAUCCAGAACCAGCCGCCACCGGCACUCGCGCGAGCCCGCAGCGCGAAGGCCGUCGUAACCGCUCCCGCACCCGAGCCGGUUCAGGCCGGCAACACCCUGCCAGUGCCCCCUCAGCGUGAACGGGUAACACGGUCGUCAACCACCUCUGCGAAGGGCAACACUGGCCCGCUGUCCGCUGCGCCAGCUCCGGUUGCGUCUUCUGCCAAGGCACGCUCCAGGACCGCAAAGCAGGCCACUAAGCCGUGGAUGGACGAGGCUCUCAACAUGGUCAACGCAGCGCAAAAGGCCGCUCCUCCACCCACGCAGACAUUUGAUGGUGUGGUGGUUCCGACCCUCUCGCAAGUGCACAACCAGUCCGGGAAGCGGCCGCGCGCGCCGACUGUGACGUCUCCCAGCCAGGCGCCUCGCGCAGCGAAGUUCCUCAAGCCUGCUAUGCGGAGCGCCGUUCAUUAUGAGGAUGAACAUAUCUUCGGCCCCGUGGCGACCACUUCAGCGGCGCCCAGCGGUGGCACACGGAAGAAGGCAGCGAGCGCAAUCCCGAACGGCCCACCUCCCCGCGCUGGGACCAGCAAGAAGCCUCCCGCCGCCCCUAUCCACCCCUCCGUCAAGAGCAUCCCACCUGCGAAGGUCCACGCCAUCAUGCUCAGCGACGAAGAGGAAUAUGGCGGGCUCCCCGUGCCUCGGCCGCGUACGCACUGGACCGACAUAACGCUACACACAGCCAUUGACUGGUCACCUACCUCCCACGAGUGGGCCGCGUCGACCUCGCCCACGCCCUGCUCAGGCAGGUUGCAUCCACGAUUGCCUGUGCUCAACACGCCGCCUAUGACGUCGGGCUGCUCUGAACGGCAUGGGGAGGAGGGGUCUGUGGCCGGCCCGCCAUCGCCUUCCGAUGACAAGCUGGCAGCCAUACCCAUGGUUGUUGACGUUCCGCCAGCCCAACCCUACAGCUCCGAUCUGCGCACGUUGCUUACUCAGCUUGACGUGUAUCGCACCGAAUACGGCGACAGGGAAGAGGUCCACUAUCGCGCACGGGCCGAUGCAUUUCUUGGGUGCGCUCUGGUUGACCUCAACGACGACGACUUCCUCGCCCACGCCGCGUGGGGCGUCUACGAUGACCGCAAAUACCCUCAGGAUGUGGAGGUUUCCAGGCUCGCAUUGCAAUUUGCCGAAGUGGGCCGACAACACGCGUAUUUCCCCCUCGAUGCCGCGCUCGAUCCGUCCUGGAUCGAAAACGGUUCGAUCUUGACACACAUGAACGGUCUCGGGGGCUCAAUCCCGCUUCUGCGUCUGCACUACGACGCGAUGGGUAUGCACAGAGUGCAGUUCUUCAACGGCAGUAACCGGCGCAAGGCUUGCCAAGUCUACGCGGCGUACUUUCGCGUUCGUCAGCGCAAAGUGACGGCCGCUUUGGAGACUUUGACGACUUCGGAACCACCAGAUUCCGCCAUUUUGCAGACACUCCAACGUCACCGAAUCGCUCUGGAUCGACGUGCGGCCAAAUCGGGAAUGUGGCUGACAAGAUUGUACAACAUAUGGCAGAUUCCUUCGCCGGUGGCAACACACAUCUGCAAGAACCACAACCGACGGUGGCAUGAGAGGCCCCUUGAGGAGCGCCUCCUUCUCGUGCUCGCGGACGUCCAAGCGCGUCGGAGCGCGUGGAUCGAUCUCCAUGUCGACCAAUGUGUACCGGAGUUGGCGAGCCGUGUGUGGAAGGACGAAUGCGUCCUUCCGGCCAUUCCCCACGAUGAACCGCAAUCUCCCCUGAUGCAGGCAAUACUCACAUCGUCGGUAGUGUUCCCCCUCCUCGACGCCUUCACACGAUACUCGUACUUCCGCAUCCCUGGAGACGGUGAUGGACCAUGGUGUUUCCUUCACAAAAGGCUCAUGCACACUGCGCAGUCUGACAAGCAGACUAUCGGAUACAUGUGGUCGCAUUUGCUCAUGUACGGCCUUGAGCUCCUCGACCUGUGCGCACGCACGACCCAGUUUGCAGCGUUCGACGACCCUGACGAGCGCGACCGCACCCUGAUUCGAUUUCUGAAGGUUGUGAAGGGCGCCAGCGCGGACGACGCGGAGCGCGCUCACCGCAUCCGUCAGCAAUACGACCUAUACUGCUGGCAUGCAAUCACGGGGGGCACGCUCGCCGCUACUGUUUGGCCACCCUCUCUCCUGGACCGCGCAGAUGACCUGUACAACAUCUACUUCCUGCACAAAGCCACUGCCGAAGUCGGGACCGUCGGCUGGGAUGACGCCAUGAAAGCGUACAACGUUGCGCUGGAGAAAGAGUGCGCGCGCGAGUGGACGCUCCUGCAAUACGCUGCACUGUCAGCAGACGAGUCAGAAGCGGCGGCCCACGCCUUGAAGAAGCUGCGGUGGAUUCGCGGUAUGGCCACCAUUGGCGUUGGCAUCAAUGUACCGCUACCAACGAAGGCUUUCAUCUCCGACUUAUACAAGCAAUUGAACGCAGUAUCUGCCGCGGUCCGCUGGCUCACUAGACUCAUUGAUCCACGCGCGGAUGCGGUCGUGCACGAUACACGCCCGCAAUAUCUGGACUAUACGCACUACCUGUUGUGCGUGUUGCGUCUCUCCGGUCGGUUCUCACAUAUCGGGUCGACCCUCUUUGCAUCUCAGCUUUACAACUUUAUCUUCCUCAACAUGGAUCUCUUCCGCACGGUUGACCACAUCCUGCGCUGCUCGGACCUCUCGCGCGCCGACGCACUGUUCACUCUUGGGUCGAAGGAGUGGUAUCAUAUCGGAGUAGAAGCCAUGCGCACGCAUCGUCCCACGAUGUAUCCUCCGUUGGAUAUCCUUUAUCCUGAAGGUUGCACUCCACACAUGAAGGUCGAGGUGCAAGCUAUCGCCGAUGGCCUGCUCUCCUGCACUCCUCUACCCCCGGCCGCAUCCACCCACUCUCCGGCCGCCGCCUGGGCAUCUGCAGAGUCUCCGGUGUCUUUUGACAUGCUCUCUGCGGACGUGUUAGCAGCGCAUCCCUGUCUUUUCGCCCUGCGUCUAACCGAUCACGAUUGGUACGACCUGGUGGAUUGCUCGAUCCCGGUGGCCACGCGUAGCCUCGCUUUUCACCUACACUCUGUCUUCACCAUCGCCAGAACGUGGGGUCGCGAUGUAUGGCGCCAGGAUGCGGUGCGCUUCCUUCGUACAAGCUUCUUGGAGUUCUUGUCGCGUCGCGCGCAUCCCGAGGGUGAUCGUUGGGUCAACUGGGAUGACACCAUUCUUCACCUUCUAGCGGACGUCGACAUCAAUAAUGCUGCGCUCGCGCCACCUGCUGAUCCACCGCCCGCUUCUCUGGCUACAACAUCGGCACCACUCGUCUUUGCCCCCGAGUCAGACAGCAUCUACAAACACGAUGCAGAAAGCCUGAUCUCCCUAGUGCGGAGCCUGCCCUCCGCGAUGGCUGCCCCCAAAGCAUCUGAAGCGAUGGACAGCCGUGUUGCUGAUGCGCUGAAAAGCUUGCUCAAAGCGCUACACUUCAACGCCAACCGCAUCGUCUAUCGCACGCUCCGGGACCCGGAGGGCAGCCAUCCGUGGGUCCUUCCCGAAGCCGCGAACCCGCCGGCGCUCGAAUCUGUUCCAGAGUGUGACGAUGCUAGAGCGUAUCGUACGAUCGACGAAUAUAGAACACGCGACCAGGCAUCGUACGAGCUAUUUCACACCUCCAUCAUCCAGCGUGCGGCUCGCAAUAUUGGCCCUCCGCCGCGGACCGUUCUCGUAAACGGCCAAGCCGUCGCAGCGACCGACAAUUGGCUACCACAAGACCUGCCGUUUACUAUACUUAGCUCAGCCGACUCCAUUUCCAAUCCACUCGCUACGCGUCCCUCUGGUGUCGGUCGUCCAACAAUACCCGCACGUAAUGACGUGGAUGCGCACAUCGCGCCAACGUCCUGUUCGAGGGUGACGAAGGAAAGGGCAGGAUGA